CCUCUCACCCACACUGCUCACGCCACGCCUGUGGAAGUACAGAAAUCAGGGCCAAUGAACCAUCUAGAAACAGGCAAUGGGGGUUCGAUUUUGUGUAAGAGAAAAUGGCCAGAUCUACUAGGCGGGCUAGGGAUGGGUCGAUGGCCACUUCAUGAUAAUUGAGGUUGAAGAUACUGAAGAAAUAACUCAAUGGCGUCUUAUGGAAAAGAAAAAGAAAAUGAAAGAUUUGAAAAGAAAAGAAAUCGCAGCCAUAUGGAUCCAGGCGUGGUGGCGCGGCACCCUGGUGCGCCGCACGCUGCUGCACAUGGCCCUCAGGGCCUGGAUCAUCCAGUGCUGGUGGCGGCUGACGCUGCUCAAGCUGCUGGAGAGGAAGCGGCGCGAGGCCCUGCUGGUCUACGCUCAGCGAGAGAGGGCGGUGAUCAAGCUGCAGUCUCUGGUCCGCAUGUGGCGCGUCCACUGGCGAUACCGCCAGGUGCUCAAUGCCAUCUACGUCAUCCAGUGCCACUGGCAGUGCCACAACUGCCAGACGUGCGCUCUUCUCCGCGGUCACUGCGUGGUCACCGCCACCCACCUGCAGUUCCACAUUGAGAUCAUCAACUCCUAAGGGCUGGCCAGGAGGGGCACGCGCGGCUGUCCGUCCACAGUAAAGAUGCGCUCUGCUCUGGCGA